AACGCCGAUCCCCAAUCCCUCGCCGGCGCCGGAAUCCUCCUCCUCCGCCCCCUGCCCGCCCGCCCGCCGUUCUUCCUCCCCUCCCAUCCUCCCUCACCCACAUCCACCCCAUCCGAUCUACCGCCGCGGAGUGGCCGGCCGGCCGGCCGCGGGACUGGCGCGGCUCGAGGACGCCGGACGUCGGCGACCGGGGAGAAGCGCUGCCGUGGUACCUUACCGCAGCGGAUAGGCCUCGGCGCGGAAGCGGGAGGAGGGAGCCGGCGGUCACCGUGGACGGGCGAUAUUGUGAUAUUGAAGUGAAGACCUGUGGCACCUCCUGUGCCUUUUGUAUGGUAUUGACAAGAAGUACAACUGCCUGGGUGAUUAUUUUGGGAAAAUGGACCGCAGUAACCUACCUCCUGGAAACCCGACGCAAGGAACUCCUUAUGGUAGUUUGAAUGUACAUGGUAACUCCAUGCAAAUGCAUGCUCCAAGCUCAGGAAAACAUCUAUUCAACCAAUCUCAGAUGCCAGGGAGUUUCACAAUGCCUAUCAACCGGGCUACAGAGCAUGAUAACCCCGGAUCCGGAUUUCAAUUUGUAGAACAUGGAAAAAAGGAUCACCACCAGCAGCAGCAGCACAAUCAUCUCAUAAAGAACUCCAUCAGUGACGGCGAGGAGCAUGAUGUGACCGAGGAUACUACUGAUGCUCAGAGUGGCAAGGGCAAGAAAGGCUCAGCAUGGCAUCGAAUGAAGUGGACUGGUUCGAUGGUUAAGCUUUUGAUUACCGCAGCAUCUUACACUGGGGAGGAUCCUGGGGCAGAUUUGGGCGGCGGGAGGAGGAACAUUACCGUAAUGCAGAAGAAGGGCAAAUGGAAAGCAAUAUCAAAGGUCAUGGGCGAAAGAGGCUGCAAUGUGUCACCACAGCAGUGCGAGGACAAGUUCAAUGACCUCAACAAGAGAUACAAAAGGCUUACAGAUAUCCUUGGUCGUGGUACUGCUUGCACUGUUGUGGACAAUCCAGCACUCCUUGAUUGCAUGAGUAAUCUUUCUGACAAGAUGAAAGAAGAUGCAAGGAAGAUAUUGAACUCGAAGCAUUUAUUCUAUGAGAUGAUGUGUUCCUAUCAUAACAACAACCGUGUGAAUUUACCUGAAGAUCUUGCACUUCAGCACUCACUACAGGUUGCUCUUAGAUGUAAAGAGGAGCAUGAUCCGAGGAGGGAUGCAAGUGGAGAUGCUGAAGAAGAUGAACAGAGUGCAGAUUCUGAUUACGAGGAUCAUGACGAAGAGCAUCAAGCAGUUCAUCACAGUAUGAGGGAUCCUUCCAUGAACAAAAGGAUGUGCCAUGCAUUGGAUCAUGGUGAUGCGGGUUUUGUCACCUCAAGCUCGAAUGAUGGUAGUGGGAGUUUGGAUCCCCAUGGCAUCGCAUUGGAUAUCAACAAAGCUCUUCUGGAUGGAACCAACCUGUCUGUUUUGCGGAAGGAACUGGCUUCCCAGGCAAUAGAGCUUCGGAAACGCCGCUUGCAGAUUGAAGCACAGGAACUGGAAGUAACAGAGCAACGUCUCAAGUGGGAGAGAUUCAGGAGGAAGAAGGACAGGGAAAUCGAAAGGAUGGAAUCGGAGAAUGAAGACAUGCUGCUCGAGAACAAGCGUUUGGAACUUCAGCUAAAGCACAAGGAGCUAGAAGUUGAGCUUAAGCUAAAAGGCAAUCCAGACCAUGAAUGAUUCAUGUUUGAUCAGUCAAAAGCGUUAGUUUGCAGUAUGGUAGAAGGUGCCUUUCGACAAGAGUAUGGCUGCUCAAGAAAAAACCCUGAAGACCAACUCGAGACGCAUUGGACAUUGUCAAGUGAUCUUCUAGUUGCCUCCCGUUGUUGUUGUUGUAAACAUUUGUUGUACUACCAGGCUUGCAGUAAGCAUGUCGCCUUAUGGUGAUAACUAGUAAUUCCUUAGCUAUUUCGGUGACGGUUUCUUGGGUUAUGGUGAACAUAUAAUAAAUGUGUGCCGGACAACGAAAACUCUCAUGGAAGUUGAAAAAAAUCUUAAGGUUCAGACUUUCA